CAACGCUUUUGUGAACAAGGAGGCACUGGAGGAUUUGUUCUUUGCCAACAGCAGAUAUACUCCAGCUUGAAAGCACGAUCACUGUUCUGCAGCUGGGAAAGUAUUGUGCUUUUAUUGUACAAGACCAAUACUAUGAUACAAAAUGCAUGAAGCGCGUCUUUUUACACGCUGCCAGUUUACAUACCAUAACACUUGACGACCGUGAAAAGUGUACGUUUGAUUUUGCAUUAUUUCUACUUCGGUCUGCCAAUAUGAACAAGAAGGUUACCUUCAUUAUAUCUGAAAGAUUUGAACAGAAAUUUAAGUGCAUUGUGGAAGAAGAUGAAAUGGAUCACGUCGCUAUAAAGAUCAGUGGAGAUGAGCAGCUUAUUGGUAUCGCCAAAAUUGUCACUCCAGAAGCAGUUAGCACACAAGUUGAACGUGCAAAAAACAUCUUGAAACGCAAUUAUUAUCUUGCCAGCAAAGAAACCAUAGUCAUGAAGGAUAACCUUAGCUACAUGAUUGCUUCUCCUAUCAACCGAUUCUUCAACUCCAGAGAAUAUCGCGUCCGAAAAAACGACUUUGGCGACGAUUUGUUAAUGAAGAAGACAGACCUGAAUGCAGUGCGGGUCUCUUAGGGACAGCCAAAGUGCACGUAGCCAUGGCCUAGGAUCGGGUACCUUUUGGCUGUCCCUAAGAGUUAGAUAAUAAUCUCAUGUUU